GGGCCACGUGGGUGCAGUUGGUUGUCCGGUCCUGUGGAGAUGGAGGCGUUAGACCGGGUGGUAAAGGAGCUUUAAGCCAUGGAAGGAGGAAUAACAAUAUUCAGUUUUAUUUUGCCCAAUUCUUGAGUUGGUGUUUGUGUGAAUUGGGGAUUGUGAUUUCGGAUAAAUUCUGUCCAACUGUAAACAAGCUAGCCAAACAGAAAAUAACUCAAGAAAGCCUAAAACGAAGAGAGCCAAAAGAUUUCUUGAAAAAAGGGAGCCAAAGCUGACAGAAAAUACCAAAAAUGCAAUGCUCAUAAAAGGAGGAAAUGCAAGUUUAACAGUAGCAGAAGUACUCAAAAAUAUUUAUGCCCUGAAAAAGCCCUUUGCUGUCCUAUAUAAAAAAAAGAAUAUCACAAGACCCUUUGAAGACCAGUCCUCCUUGGAAUUUUUUUCCAAGAAGUCUGAUUGUUCUUUGUUCCUGUUUGGAUCACAUAGUAAGAAGAGGCCUAAUAAUCUGAUCAUAGGUCGUAUGUAUGACUAUCACAUUCUGGAUAUGGUUGAACUGGGCAUUGAGAAGUUUGUAGCCCUCAGUGAUAUCAAGAACAGCAAGUGUCCAGAGGGAACAAAGCCCAUGCUGAUAUUUGCAGGUGAUGCUUUUGACAUUGAUGAGGAACAUAGAAGAUUAAAAAGCCUUCUAAUUGAUUUUUUCAGAGGCCCUGUUGUCCCCAGUAUUCGGCUGGCAGGCUUAGAACAUGUUCUGCAUUUCACAGCAGUGGAUGAAAAGAUCUAUAUGAGAAGUUACAAGGUAUUGUUGAAAAGGUCUGGUUGCAAAAUACCCAGGAUUGAACUUGAAGAUAUGGGACCCUCAUUAGAUUUGGUGAUAAGGAGGACACAUCUGGCAUCAGAUGAUCUUUAUAAGCUGUCGCUAAAACAGCCUAAAGCUCUCAAGCCAAAGAAAAAGAAGAAUGUCUCCCAUGAUGUCUUUGGGACAAAAUAUGGGCGGAUUCAUAUGCAGAAACAGGACCUGGAUAAACUGCAGACUAGAAAAAUGAAAGGUUUAAAGAAAAGACUGGCUGAAAAGAAAACGGAAGAUGGAGGGGAUCCAAAGAAACUAAAGUUGGAAUGAGAAGUUUGGACUGGAAUGAGCAUUUGAAUUUGGUUGCUAUCACUGAAAUGCCAUAUAAACUUAAAUCUUAUUUCAAGUAGAUUUUACUAUUUUGCCAUUUCUGAAGAUGUUUGUAAACAGUGGAUGAUCUUAAUAAUUUUUUCUAGUAAAGUUUAUUUGAUCACUUGAAA